GGGGCACGGCUUGGCGGGAAGGCGAGAAGAGCGUGCGGAGCCUCCGGUGCUGGCGGCGGCAACGAGUGGGAGCCCGGGUCCGCCUGCAGCACGCGGAACUGAGCUGAAGGUGGCGGGGCCCGGCGGAGCCGCGAUGAAGCCGAGCAGCGAGGAGGAGGAGGAGGAGGCGGUCCGGGGCGUGGGCCCCUGGGACGAGUGCUUCGAAGUGGCGGUGCAGUUGGCGCUGCGAGCGGGACAGAUCAUCAGAAAAGCCCUCACUGAGGAAAAGCAGGUCUCGACAAAAACUUCCGCGGCAGAUCUUGUGACGGAGACAGAUCACCGUGUAGAAGACUUAAUAGUUUCUGAGUUGCGAAAGCGGUUUCCUUCACACAGGUUCAUUGCAGAAGAGGCCACAGCCUCAGGGGCCAAGUGUGUGCUCACCCACAGCCCAACCUGGAUCAUCGACCCCAUCGACGGCACCUGCAACUUCGUCCACAGAUUCCCUACUGUGGCAGUCAGCAUCGGAUUUGCUGUUCACCAGGAGCUGGAAUUCGGAGUGAUUCACCACUGCACAGAGGAACGACUGUACACCGGCAGGCGGGGCCAGGGCGCCUUUUGCAAUGGCCAGCGGCUCCAGGUCUCCAGGGAGACAGAUCUCGCAAAGGCCUUGGUUCUGACAGAAAUUGGGCCCAAACGUGACCCCGAUACUCUGAAAGUUUUCCUGAGCAACAUGGAGCGGCUGCUGCACGCCAAGGCUCAUGGGGUCCGAGUGAUUGGAAGCUCCACCUUGGCACUCUGUUACCUGGCCUCAGGUGCCGCCGAUGCCUAUUACCAGUUUGGCCUUCACUGCUGGGACCUGGCAGCUGCCACAGUCAUCAUUAGAGAAGCAGGUGGCAUUGUGAUCGACACCUCAGGUGGACCCCUUGACCUCAUGUCUUGUAGAGUCGUGGCCGCUGGCACCAGAGAAAUGGCCGCGCUCAUCGCCCAGGCCUUACAAACGAUUAACUACGGACGGGACGAUGAGAAGUGAGCCGCACGCAGGAGGCGGCGCGGAGGAGGCUGACGUCCAGCAGCUCCCGGGGAAAGAGCUGUCCCCGUG